ACUUUUAACUAUUUUUAUUUCUAAUGUCAUAACAAACAACAAUGUCGAUCGUGGAUAAAUUAAACUAUUACAGCAAACGGAAAUCUUUCAAAUAUGGCAUACCCUUCCUCAUCAUGAUGGUGGCCGGCUCCUUCGGACUGCAGCAGUUCUCGAACCUCAGGUAUCAGUACGCCAAGAAGCAGCCGGUGACGCCGGAGGAGAUGAAGAAAUACGGCGUGAGCAUGAAGAACCGCCAGGAGGUGACCCUGGAGUCGGAGUACGACAAAGUCAAGUCCGUGGACAUAGAGAACUGGGAAAACAAGCGUGGUCCUCGUCCCUGGGAAGAAGAGAAUCAGCCCUCGACGGCGAAACACUAGACAUUAUGUUUUCUGAACAUAAUCCACCUGUUAAAAGCAGACUGUUUGUUGUAAAUAGCCAUAAUAAUACAAAUAUUGUUAAAAUAUAACAAAACAAAACAAUA